AUGGCAAACACACCGUCCCAAGCACUCACAAAACGCCAUGCCGAACAACAACUCAUGCCUCCUCCUCCUCCCCCGAAACGAAUCAAGCGUCCCUCCACCGUCCUCGACGAAGAUAUCUACACGAACGCAUUAUCGGAGAUUAUUUCGCGCGAUUUCUUCCCUGGGUUACUCGAAACGCAGCUGAAGCAGGAAUACCUGGAAGCGCUGGAGUCGAAGGAUAAAGCGUGGAUCGCGAGCUCGAAGAGGAAACUUGCGGACUAUGUAAAUACAAAUAGUGCUGGGGAGGGGAGGAAGGCGGCUACGAGGUCAAGGGCGGAGAGUGUUGCAGGUGGUAGUGGUGAUGCGACGCCGCGGUUUACAGGGGACGGGGGAGAAACGCCUAGGGGCUGGGGAGGUGAUACGCCCAUGUCGGUAGCAUCGAUGGCCACCUCUGCAUCAACGGCUACAACGGCACAAGAACCACGCAGGAACAUUCCUGAUGUAUCGAAUAUGGGUCUCCUUGCGUUCCAGGCGAAAUACACCAGUGAAGACAACGAGUCGUUUAACAAGCUUAUGGAUCGGCAGAAUACGAAAAAGCGUGAGAAAUAUUCCUGGAUCUGGAAUGGGAAUAAGGUUCCUUCUGCGCGACAGAUUGCACACCGCACGAUGGAGAAUAAGCGGAUUGCUGCGCAGGGUGGGAAUCCGACUUUGGCGAUAACGGCGGAUGGUGAGGAUGCGGAUAAAGAGAUCAAAACGAAUCUUGAUGCUCGACCGGCGAAACCGGAUGCAUGGAAUGCGAAGCCAGAGAAUUCGCUGAUGUUUCUUCCGUCGUCGGUUGAGGAUACGCAUGAGACGACUCAGCAGAAGGCGGAGGCUGCCUCGCGGGCGGGUCCUAAGCGUGUACUGUAUCAGAACACCAGGUUGCCUACUACAUCUGCUGCAGAGGAAACGAAUCAGCCGCCUCCUUCUCCGGCGAUUUCGGCCAUUCAAGAUGCUAUUGCUGGGCGGCCGCGGUUUACAGAGACGGAAGCUGGAGCGGGGAGUUAUACUGGUGGAGAGACGCCGCGAGUAAACGGUUAUGCAUUUGUCGACGAGGAUGAGUAUCCAACAUCGAGUUCUGAAAAUCACGACAACUCCGACGAUCUCAGUUUACUAGGUCCAGGAGACGCAAGACCGAAUCCAUUCAAUAUCCGUCAGAACCGCAAACGAGAAGAUCUGCACCACCGCAUGGUCGACCGGAUUACUCGGACCAAACGCGCAGAAAAAACCAACACAAUCAAAACCCCAAUGACCCCGCGGUUUGCUAGUAGUCCACGGCUAGAUUUCGGUCUUCACACCCCUGCAUCGGGUGGUGCUGGGGAUAGUGGGAAAAUGUUGACUCCGGCUGCUCAGAAAUUGCUGCAGAGAGUAGGAAGUACGCCACGGGCGUCUUCUUCGUCGAAUUUGAAGAAUAUGUGGACCCCUACGCCGAAAAGAAAGUGA